AUGAAGCUUCGGAAGGAUCGCUGGGAUGCUGUCUGGAGCUCUCCUACCUUCGACGAGGCCAAACUGCGGGAUUGGCUGGUAAAGACAGCCAGUAGAGCAAGCGAGGAGGAGCUGGAGGCGCAUGGCGUCUUGAGCACCAGGCAGGCCCUGCAGUCCAUCUCGGCCAAGAAGGCCAUGGGCGUCGACGCCCCCCGCAGCUCCGACACCUCCCGCCCCCCAGACGAGGCCAUCCGGGAUCUUGCGGACAUGCUGACUCAAAUCGAGACUGCCCUGGUGUGGCCGAGGCAGGUGCUCGCCACCAUCCUAGCCUUGUUGCCAAAGUCGAGGGGCGGUGACCGCGCGAUCGGCCUCUUGCCGCUGCUGAUCAAGUGCUGGUCCAAGUCGAGGGCCUCUGCCACGGGCGCCUGGUCCGAUGCGCUGGAGCAGCUCUGGGAUGCGGCGAUCGGGGGCAGCAGCGCGUUGAGGGCUGCCUUGUGCCGAUCCGUACUGGACGAGAACGCGGUGGCCAUGAACUUCUGCGCCAUCGAGGUCCUGCUCGACCUGGAGCAGUUCCUCGACAGCAUCGACCUCAUCCUGCUGCUUGAGGUGGCGGAGAAGGAGGCCUUCCCAGCCACGGUCAUCUCUCUGGAGGCCCAGGCCUGCCUGGCGCCGCGCCGCCCGCGCAGGCACGGGCGGGUGAGUGGGCCUCUCAGCGCGGAGUGGCCCAUAGUGGUGGGCAGCAACCAGGGGGUGAAGGUUGACAACCUGUUCCUCUACCCGCUGCUGCAGGCCGUCAGUGAAGGCGCGCCGCAGGUGGGCCUCAGCACGUUCGUGGACGACAGCAUCUUCCGCGCGGAGGGGAAGCAGCAGAUGGCUAUUGACAGCAUGGGCGGUGCGCUCAAAAUCUUAGCGGGGCAAAGCAAGGAGGCGAGGCUGGUCUUGUCGGGCAAGUCCGCAGUCGUCUCCUCCCACAACUGCGCGGCCAGGCAGACGGCCGUGGAUCUGGGGAUCGCCACCACUGCUGUGCGGAAGAGGUACCAGACGCAAGCCAAGCGGGCCAAGAACGUGGCGAAGUGGGUCAGGGGCAUCUUCCGGCUGCGCAGGCGCGCUAGCAUGGGCACCUAUGCGCAGAAGCUGCACCGCACGGGGGCCCGGCCCGCGCUGAUCUACGGGCACCAGGUUCUCGGCGCGGCGCCAUGCUUCAUGCCGCGCCUGUGCAGGCAGGCCAGCAGAGCCAUUGCGGGCAAGGGUUUCGGAAGAUGCCUGACCACAACCUUGGCGCUGCUGAUGGGCGACGACGACCCUGGGCUGGCGCUGCCAAGGCAGCUGGGCCUCCUGGACAAGGCGGUCGAGGGCCACGAGGCGGUGCCGUGCCUGUGGCUGACAGGCCUGCCGCCCGCCAGCUGGACGCGGCACACGUACCCUGAGGGCGCCGCGGACUUCGUGCGCCACGCGGGCUGCUGGGAUGAGGUCGAGCGCCCGCGCGGGCCCGACGGCUUCCUCGACGUCUUCGGGGAUGGCUCGGGGGGUGGGCACAGUGGCGACCCCAAGCUCCGACAGUGCGGGGUCGGCGUCACCAUCAUGCGCACCUUCGCCGAGCGCGAGAACGACGCCCCGACGCGCGUGGCGGGCAUCCUGGCGGGGCUGCCUGGGCCCAAGCAGACCGUCCCGAGUGUGGAGCUGUGGGCCUUCCUCCUGGCGCUGAGAGUCACGCGGGGCAACCUGCGCUGCCACACGGGCAAGCUGCCGCUGGUGACGGGCUGGACCCACGGUCGACAGCGGCAGCCCCCGCAAGGCACGGACGCGGACCUGUGGCUCGCCAUACGG